AUGUUGGAAAUGCAAAAAAUCGCGACCAGAGGUAUGGCCUACCUCGUCCUUUCCACUUUCUGCUUAUGCGCUUCUGGAUACGAUAAAUUCUUUGAUUCCAUUGGAGUAUCUUAUAAGCCUUGGGACCAUCACGUCCCAGAAAUAAUGUUUGCCAUGAUGUAUAUUCUCUCAAUUGUUCUAUGCUUUGCAGUCGGUGUCAUGUUAUCAUAUCAUCUAUACGGCAUCUCCUGGGGUGAGACCACCGUCGAAGCCCAGGACCACGACGAAUACCGGAAAAAGGCGAAGGCUAGAAAUGAGGAAUUUGUCAACUCCUACGAUGUAGGCAAAAAGAAGAAUUUGGCGUUCUUUUUCAAUUUAGGAGACUCUGGGUAUUCCUUAUGGACUCUCAUUUUACCUUUGCGUAUUAAUCCGUACACCGACGGAUUUUCAUGGGCGCGCCGUGAUGGUUAUGAGCGACACCAAGGAAUACGCCAGGGAGAAGAGCUCACGGAUGAAGAAGAUGACGAUGUGUAA